AUGAUUUCUGAGUACGUGAAAUUUUUGGUUUUAGUCAAUUUAUUGAUGCUAGUGGUUUUGCAGAGCCAAUUUGGACAGAUUGGCUGCAAUUUCGCAAAGAAAAAAAUAAGCCAAGAAUUUCAUAUUAAUGAAGAGAAUUUUGAGAAUGCAGAUACUGUGACUUUGCCAGGAGCCAAUGUUAAGGAAGGUCAAGUUCAAGUAAUUGAUUUGAAGAAUUUACUUGAGGAAAUACCAGGAAAUGAAAAGAAAAGUACCAAUGAGAUGGUUGAGUCUGAAAUAGAUUUUACAGAUGGUGAUUAUAGUCUUCCAACAGAGUCAGACAGUGAUGGAAGACUUACAGGAAUGAGCAGAGGGAGAAGCAGAGAAAGGCGUUUUAAGUUCAGAUUUGGAGAAAAAAAAUUAAACAAUUAUGUAAAUUCAAAACCCGAUUUUCAUAAAAAAUCCGUAGAUCACAUAAAAGAAGAUGAAAAAGAAGGAAGUUCGGGUUAUGAGGCAAGUAUAGAUUCAGACUCAGAAAGUGAAAAAUCUGUCAAUUCAGCAAAGUCCUUUCAGUCUAAAGAUUCCAAUGAUAGUGAUAAUGAAACUGUAUUUGAAGAAAGUUUAUCUCCCAUGCCAAUCAUUCCAAUUGAGGAGAUGAAAUCAAAAAAUUCAUUGGAUCAAGUGAUUCAACUAUUGCAUAACCAAUCAAACUUGGAGGCAAUGAGAGAAGUUAAAAAAAAGAAGGAUUUAAAGAAAGAGAAAUUGGAAAACCAAGAGAUGGUUAUGGAUAAGUUAAGGUCCGUAAUAGAUUCUAUGCAAAAAAAAUCAAACUUAAAAAAGGAUUAUGUUUAUGGUGCAGUAAGGGAUUACAACAUAAAUGAUUUGAUUGAACAAAAGAACCUCCAAAAUUACGGUUACAAUGACAUUAUGAUAAAUGAAAAAGAAGAUGAAAUAAAAAAAUCAAGAAUUUUUGGAGAAAAGAAAACACAAAAUGAGCUGAAAACUGCAUCUAUGGCAAGGAAAUUUUACUCAAAGCCAAGCAGUGCCCUUGCUUCAGAACUUCUUGUAUAUUCACCCUUAUCGGGCUCCAGUCAAAAAAAGAGUGGUGCAGGUCUUAAAACAAAUAAAAACCAAAUAUCAAGACAAAAUAAAUUAACUUUUCAGUCCGCUGAGGAACCAAUUAUUUCUCCUGAAGGCACUCGUGUAAGAUCCCCCAUUAGUUUCUCUGCAAAAUCUACCUCUGUAUUUACAAGUCAAAAAUCCCCUGAUGGCUCCGAUAAGUUUCAAAGCAAUCAAGGCGAUGAUUUCAAACUUGAAGAGUCUUUUAAAGAGAGUCAGGGCUCAUCAAAGUCAGAUAAUAUUGAAAAUGAUCAAAGUUCUGAAGAAAGCUUGAGCACAGUUCCAACUCAGAUACAAUCUACAGAUCACGAAGAAAAUUCAGAAAACUCGCCCCAUCCUUGGGAUGAUCAAGCUCAAGAAGAGCAAGAAUCAGGUGAGCAAAACGACGAACUCAAAAAAAGAAGCUCUGGAAAUCCUAUAGCAAUGCUUGAAUCAGAGUUAAUGAAAUUACAAGAUAUGGUGAGCCUUAACAUUAAAAAGCCCACUAACUUAAAUAAUUUUGGACGAAUAAAGCCGAAGUCUUUCCACUCCGAUGGCGAAUAUUUGGUCAAAACAUCAAGCCCAGAAAAUAACUUCUUAACAAGGGGAAAAGUUUCAGUUGGAAGAAUCAGAAAAACUAGAGAAAGUAAGCAGGCUGAAACACAUUCUCCAGAAAACAAAUCCGUUUCUAAGCCUUUUGUAACUGUUGGAAGGCUCAAAUCACCCACAAGACCAACCCUGAUCGAUAAAAUGAGACCUGUUAUAGAAGAUGAUACUUCUGUCUAUGAUUAUGAAACUGCUGCAGCAGUUUUUAAUCUUAAAUCAUCUAAAUUAGCUAUGGAAGACCAGAAUGCAAGACUCCAAAUGGAAAAUCAAUUAAGAAAUCCCUUGAUUAUUCCAGAGUUUGUUCCUUCUGAUCUUUCAAAACCAAAUAUGAAGGAGACCUACUUUUUGGGGGACAAGACGCCGCCUAGAAAUAGACCUAAUGGAUUUAAAAGGGGCAUGAUGGCCUCAAUGUCUUGGAACAUGGCUAGAAAUCCACUUUCUGAAGGUGUUGCUCCCCCUAUUGUAAGAGUGCAGAAGGUUAGAGGACAAACAGAAAAAAGGGUUAUUUCAAGAAAAGUAUGA